CCAUUUCACAGAAUCUCUGCGAUUCUAAAUUCAACAGAUUUUCUUCGGUAAUUGCUACAAUGGCUCGCACCAAGCAGACCGCCCGCAAGUCCACCGGAGGAAAGGCGCCGCGGAAGCAGCUGGCGACAAAGGCGGCGAGGAAGUCAGCGCCGGCGACGGGCGGAGUGAAGAAGCCGCACCGUUUCCGGCCGGGAACCGUCGCGCUGAGGGAGAUCCGCAAGUACCAGAAGUCCACGGAGCUUCUGAUCCGGAAGCUCCCGUUCCAGAGGCUGGUGAGGGAGAUCGCUCAGGACUUCAAGACGGAUCUGAGGUUCCAGAGCAGCGCCGUGUCGGCGCUGCAGGAGGCGGCGGAGGCGUAUCUCGUCGGACUGUUCGAGGACACGAAUCUGUGCGCGAUUCACGCAAAGAGGGUCACCAUUAUGCCCAAGGACAUGCAGCUCGCCAGGAGGAUUCGCGGGGAGAGGGCUUAAUGCUUCUCCUUUUCCUCAAAAUCAUUUUACUGUCUUGCGUAAUUUUACGAGCUGUAAAUCUUAGGGUGGAACUCUGCUUUUACCUGAUUGCCAAUGAAAAUUACCCUUCCAUUUGGUAAAUUCUUCACUUUUACUGGCCAUUUGUUGUUUUAUUGGGCCGUGUAAUUCAAGUUAGUAUUCCGUAUGAUAAAACGGAUUUCUACCAUUUCUGGUUCCUGG